AUGAUUACCCUCUUAAGUGGAAUAUUUUUGAUGGUCAUCUAAGUGAUGGCUAAAAAAUAGAAGGAUUUCUUAUUUGAUUUAAAGGAGGGUAAGUCAAUAUCAGUAGACCUCUCCACUAAAUAAGAUAAGGAUUAUUUUAUAUUAUAUGUUCGUCCUUAAGAUGAUGAUAAGAAUAAUGAUUUAGGAGAAAUUCAAUUGAAAAGUGUAGAUGACACACAUAAAAUAGUUGGCUUUUAUGAAAAUGCAAUAUUUAAUUCCAAAACAAAUGAAAUCAAUUUAAAAUGUAUCACAUCUCCAUGUAAAGGAAGAAUAACAUUAGUAAAUAGUGAUGUAAUAUAAUUGUCAACUUAACUAUAAGAAUUGAGUUUGACACUAAAAUAACCAGCUUUAAUUGUAUAAAUGGAUCUUCCAAGUUAAUAUGAUAGAUUGGUGGGAGAAUUUAAAUUAUUGGAUGAUGAAUCAGACAAAAUAAAAAUAGAAGUAUUUGAUGAUAGAGCUAAAUUAUAUGGAGAUGAAGUUUAAUUAUUAGUAGCAUUAAGUAGUAAGGAUUGUGAAAAAUGCAAAGUAUUAGUUGUAUUAAGUGGAGAUUUAAAUUUAAAAUAAGAGACUAUUAUUAGUUCUUAAUUGUAUUUAUAUAGAGACAUUCAAGAUAUUGAGAUUAAUUAGGAGAUAUAAGAUUAUCUUUUUGAGAGAAAUUAGAAUUAAUAUAGAAUUAAAUUACCAUCUUCAUAUAAUAUAAUAUAAAUUGGUAUUCUUGGUGAUUUAUUACCUCUCAUUAGAGUAACUAAUAAUUAAGAUAUUGAGAUCUUUAAUUCAUAAGAACCUAUUUAAAUUUAAUAAAAAGGAUAAACUUAUCAUAUCCAUUUAAGAAAAACAGAAAUUAACAAUAAUAAUGAAUUAAUUAUUUAAUUAAAUAAAGGAGGACCUUUGAAAUAUUUAUUAGUAGUUAAAAUUUUAGAUGAACCUAUUCUUUAUAAUAAUUAAUUAUUCUUGCAACCAUUUUAGAAAAAGGAUCCCAUAUUUAUUCAUUUAAAACAAGUUAUAAUGAUUAAGAAAUUGGUGUAUUUUUAAAAUAUUUUGAAAAAGGAAUGAAUUCAUUAAAAGUAGGAGAAUGUAAUGGAAUUUGCACUACAAAUACUGAAGAUACACAUAAUUUAAGAUUUCAUUAACAUGAACAAAAUCCAAGUGUUUAUGUGACACCAGAAUGUGCUAGUAAGGAUUAAUAAGGAUUUUGCAGAUUUUAAAUAUAAAUUAUUAAUGAAAUUAAAAAUACGUAUAUUUUAUCUACAGCAAGUGAAAUAAAUCAUAAUAUUAUCAAAUCAGAUAUCCCAUAUAGUAAUUAUUUAGAUAAAUAAUAAUAAGAAAAUUUAAUUGUUAAAUAUUAACAUCAAAUUGAAGAUGUGGAAUUAAUAUUUACAGUUAAUACACAUAAUAUUGUAUAUAUGAUUAGUAAAGAUAGUAGUUGUUAUCCUGUAAGAUAAGAAUGUGCCAAAUAUAUUGGUGGUUCUGAUCAUUUAGUUAUACUCAGAGGAGAUUAAUUAAAGCAUACUUAAUUUUAUGUAACUCUGACUGCAAGAGAAACUACAUUCUAUUAAUUUUAGAUUAAAGUAUAAAAAUAAUCAGAUAUAGAUCUUAAAAUUAUUAAAGAAGAUGAAACUUAUCGUGGAGUCUUAUCAUUUAUUAAUGGAUAACAAAAAAUUCAUUAUUUUAGAAUAAUUAUUUCUAAAUAAUUAGAUUAAAAUAUUGAAGUCAUCCAAGAUCAGGAUACUUCACCAACUAUUGAAUUUGCAAUACAUUCAUCAAGAAUGUAAGUUGCACUUGUUUUAAGUAAAGGUAAUCAACUACCAUCUUUAGAAUAAUAUGAUUUGAUCACUCAAAAUAAUUAUCUAUCUAUUACACCUUAAGACGAAUAUUAUAUAAAUUAAGGAAACUAUACUAUUGGGAUUCUCAAUUUUUAUGACAUAGCAACAGAUAAGGAAAUCAUGUAUACAUUAACUUAUUCAACAAGUAGAACAGUUAAAACUUUACAUGUUGGUUAAUAAUUUGUAGAUAUGGCAUAUGGAAGGAAGAGUAAAUACUAUAGUUUUUAUUAUAGUAAAAAUACAUCAUCAUUUUAUAUUAGUUUGUAAGGUAAGGAUGCUCAAAAUUUGAUAUUGAAAGUAACUAAUGAAAUUUCAUUAAAUUCUUAAGGACCCAUAUAUUAUAAGAAAGAGCAUUCUAGUACAUUGUUAUUGGAAUAACUUCAAUUAAAUAAAUUAUGUUUAAAUGGAUUAGGAGAUGAAUUGAAGGAAGAAGAAGAAGAGGAGGAUUAAAAUGCAAUAUUGUUUUGUUAAAGUUAUGUAAUUAUUGAGAAUAAGGGAUAAGAGAAUAUUUUAUAUUAAUUGAAUAUAUGGAAUCCUGAGUCAAGAAUAGAAAUGAAGGAUGGUCAAUAAUAUUAAUUUAAUUUAGAAUACUUAUCAAAACAAACAUUUUUAUAUUAUAAAAUUAUUUCUAAUGAUACUGAUGUUUAAUUAAAUAUUAAUUCACAUUAUGGUUAUACUAGAUAUUAAAUAGAAAUUAUUGACACUUAAAAUUAAUAAGCUAUUUCUUUAUAUGCAAAAGAAGAAUACAAAACAUAACAUUCUAAAAGUAUUUAUAAGAGUGCAUUUGAAUUUUGUAAGAAGAAUUGUUUAUUAAAAAUUUCACUUGAGGCAUAGCAAUAAGAAUAUAAUAUUACUCAAAUAGGUAGAAGUUUAGAUUUUGAUGAUUUAGUUUAUGUAACAGUUACUUAAGAAUUUAUGGAUAUACAAACAGGAAUUCCAAUUUAAAUACAAGUAAAUUAAGAUUCUCCUAGAAAAUUCAUUUAUAGUUAAAUAAAUGAAAUAUCAACUGAAUCAAAAAUGAAAUUAAUUUUACAUGAAAUUUAUGGUAAAGGUACUAUUUGUUUAUCAUUCAAUGAUGAAAACAAUUAAAAUUUAGAAAUGUGUGAAUUCUAAAUAUUAGGAAAUGUAUUAGAAUUAACAUAAUAAUAAAUUUAAUAGAAAUUAAAUGAAUUUAAACUUAAUCAAAAUCCUUAUAUAAUAAUAAAAGUAUUUUCAUUAGUAAAUACUAGUAAAUUUUAAUUAUAAUUAGAAAUAUUUAAUGAUAAAAAUAAUCAUAAAUUAGUUUUAGGAAUUCCUACAAGAAUUAAAAUGAAUAUUUAAGAGGAAUAUUUUUAUUAAUAUUUCAAUAUAUAAAGUAAUGAUGAUUUAUAUUUUAAAUUCAUAAAAAUGUAAGGUUAAACAUAUAUUGAAGUAAGUAGAUGUUUAGAUGAUACUAAAAUAGCAUGUGAAUAAGAAAUAAUAAUAAAUGAAUAAUUAUUAGCAGGUCAAUCCUAUAGUCAACAUAUAAUACAUAAAUAAGAUACAAAAAGAUAUUGUGAAUUAUGUACAUAUAUUAUAAAGAUCAAAACUACUGAUAUCUCUUUAGAUUUAAUACUAGUAAUUACAUCAUAAUUAAAUUUUGUUCAAUUACCUUAGAAUAUAGCAUUUACUGAUUUUUUGGAUGGUCCAGAUGAUUAUAAUAUUUAUCAUUAUUCAUAUGAUACAGAUCAUCAAAUAGAAAUAUAAAUCAAUUAAUAUAAUGGUGAUACCUAAAUGUGGAUUGGAUAUCAUGCAGAUUUGAAUAGUUCAAACUAUUUUUAUGGACCAUAUAAUACAAUUAAAUAAAUGAAAUUAAUGAAUAUUACAGAAUAAAUUUCUUAUUAUUAAGCCAUCAUACCUCCAAGAUAACAUUUAGAAGAGAAUGAUAAAGAUUAUAAAAUAACUUAAUAAAUUAAUGGAAAUCAAACUCUUUUAGGUCAUUAUAAUGAUGAUGAUAUUUAUAUUAUUGUUAAAAACAAUUAAUAAAGACAAACUAACUAUUCUAUUAUUGUUACUUAAUCUACAACUGGAAAUGGUUAAUUAUUACAGGAUGGAAUAAUAACAUAAGCAUAUUUGAGUAAACUUACACCUUCAAUAACAUUUUAUCAUUAAUAAAAAAAUUAAUCAUAAUAACUAUAAUUAUUUGUCAAAGUAAAUCCAUAUGGAAAUAUAAAUAAUUUAUCAUAUGAAAAUUAUUUCAAAAUAGAAGUAUCUAAUGAUACAUAAACAAAUAAUUUUACUAUUAUUCAUGCUUUCUCAAUUCGUAAUAAUUAAUUAACUUAUAUUCUUCCAGUACUUGAAGGUAUGCUUACAAUAAAAAUACAUAGUUUAUUAGAGAUUGCUACUAAUGAAUUCAAUCAUGUAGAAUAUUCAUUCAAUCCAAGAGGAGAUAUUAUACCUAUUCCUAAAUAACCAUAAUUUAGACUUUAUUAUUUUUCAAAUAAUUAUUUAAAUAGAAUAGAUUUAUAAAUAAGUAUUGUUGGUUAGGAUGUAUUUAUGAUAAAUCAGAAUUCUAAUCAAAUAGAUAUGAUAGUUGAUUAGAGACCAAAAUAUUAUGAAUCAUAUAUUCAAGGAGAUGGUAAAUUAGCAAUUCAAGUUUAUAAUUGUCUUGGAGAUUUGAAUGUUUCUAUAACUUAAGAUUAUGAUUAAUUUUUGAAGAAUUCAUAUAAUGGAACUAAGAAUACUAUGGAAGGAUAAUUAACUGAUAUUUUAUUAACAGUAAAACCUGGUCCAAUUUAUUAUUAAUUUUAAUCCAAUAAAAGUGUUUAUAAGUUUACUACUAAAUUGUAUAAUUAAUUUGAUAAAAUUCCAUAUGGUUAAUUGAUUUUAGGAGGAGAUGGAUAAAUCAAUUAUUUAUUUGGUACAAAUGAUCCAGAUAUAAUUAGUAUUAAAUUUAAACCAAUAAAAUGUGCAGGAUGUGAUAUGUAAUAAGAACAUAAUAGUAUUAUUAAAUAUUAUGUAAAUUGGGGUAGUAGUGUUGAAUAUUCUCAUAUCAUAGGACUAUGUCAAUAUCAUUAAUAUAAUAAUAUGAAUAAAUUAUAAGUAGAACAUUUUGAUUAAAAAGAUGUAGGUAAUUAUUAUUUGAAUUAAACUGAAGAAAUAAUUGUAAAUAUUACAGUAGAUAAAUAAUCAUUACAUAAUUAAUUAUAUAUUUCUGUUAGAGCUUCUAUUUUAUAAUUCAAUAAUAUUCCUAUAAGUGAUUAUGAAUUAUAUUAUCAUAUUGCAGAAGUAGGAUUACCUAAGAAUGCUUUCUAUAUGUAUAAACAUCGUUUUUAUGAAUUCUUAAUUGCUUUAUUUAUUUUAGUAGUAUUUACAUUCAGCAUGUAUUAUAUUAAGAUAUAUAUUUAUUAGGCUUUGUUGUUUAUGUUCUUUUUAUAGAAAAGCUCGUAAAUUAAAAUAAGAGAAUUUGAAUAUGUAAUUAGAAUAGAGAAUGAAAAAUGCAAAAGAAAAAGAGAAAGUAUAAAUAGAAGUUUAAAUGGGAUAUGAUUAAUUUUAAGAUGAGAAUAAUGAAUAGUCAAAUUAAUGA